AUGGAAGAAGACAAUCCUUUUGCUAUCUUCACCACGAAAUCGGAAAGAUUAGAGCUCCUUCGACAGAUUAUCGACGCUGAUUCUCCCCUCACAUCUGAUGACACCGAUCGAGUGCUUGCCACGGUUAAAAUAUGUGAAAGUCUCCUUGAAGGCCUUUCGGACAAAGAAAUUCGACAAAUCAAAGCUCUUACCCGGUUCAUCUCAGCCAAGCCGUGGACUCUUCAGGUGGAUCUACCCAAACCGCCUCCAUCACAACAGGAGACGGUGCAUGCCUCAUCUCCGGAAAAUACGGUAAUCUCCUCACCGUUAGAUGACAAUGUUUCAGCUUCUAGAAAGUUAGAUUUCAACCUUUCUUUGCCAGAUCAGUUUGUGUCUAUCAUUCCCUCUAGUGAUAUGUGUGCCCCUUCCUUUCCUAUACAAGUCUCAAAAUCCGCAGAGGUUCCCAUCCCUGUGCCCACCUUACAUGACUCUGUUCCUAUUAUCUCUGUGCCCGUGGGCAAAUCUUCCCGAAAAGGGAAAGAAAAAAUUAUUGUUUCAGGUACAGCCGAGAAAAGAAAAAUUGGAGCAUUGGAGGAUGUUGUCUGCUUGUCUGAUUCCAAGCAAUCAAAAAGAGGGUCUACAUUGCCACCCAGGGUGACAAGGUCCAGAUCAGUUUCAGGCCCAGUACCAAGUCCAGCCCCUGCACCAGCAGCUGCCACUAGUGUUCAUGCCACUAGAGAUUUUAUAGUGGAGAAAUCCAUCAAUGUGGAAGAGCUGACAAAAAAAUGCAACAUUGUGCCUAUCUUGCGAGAUCAAUGCCUACUUGCCUCACUUGUUCAUAUUGGACCAUACUCCACAUGGCUCACUGCCGAGUUCUACACGAAUUUAACUUUGGAUACUUUUUCAGAGGGGUCACCUCGAUUUCAACAAGUUUUCAUCUGGGAUAAAUGGUAUCCCUUAAGUCCGGUCGUGAUCAAUUCCUAUUUGGGUACUCCAAAUCAUCAAGCUGCCCCUGACCCGAGUCCUAAUCUCCUAGUUGCUGCUUUAACUCACAACAAAGUCGUCACUUGGCCAGGCACCGGACUCGAAAGCCUAAAGCUCACCACGAUCUACUCUGUUCUUUUACGGCUUGCUUCAACAAAUUGGAUGCCGGUUGUGCGUCAUCAUCUUGUGUCUGACCAGCUUGCUGCCCUCCUUUACAAGAUCAGGAACCGACUUCCUUUCAAUCUUGGAGAAAUCAUUUUUGGUUAUCUCGCUCAAUUUGUGCGACAUAGGGAACCUAAGGUACAUCUUCUGUUUCCUAGUUUAAUUUUCGGGUUUCUACAGGAAUAUGGGUUCAAGCCCUACAAAGAUGAGGUGGUAAUUGCUAAUGACUCAGUCUAUAAAUACGAUGUUCGUUUAACCCAUAAGGAUCACUAUGAUGAUAGAGCUACGCUCAUGAUCACUCCCGACGCACCAACUGUCACGCCCUCUGUGUCUGCCCCUGCAUCAUCUGCUGACACUGCUUCAGCCCCGAAUCUUCGUCCUACGGCAGUGUUCAAGGAACCUCAGACGCUCAUGGAUUGCCGUCAAAUUGUUCUCACUCUUCAAGCGUCAAUUGCUCAAAUUCGCACAUCGGUUGCUUCUCAACAAAUAACCAUUGAUGACUUAGAAAAGUUGUUGGGUGCUCAGUUGGAAGAAAUAGCUAGAAUGGAGGCCAUCUAUGCUUGGAUCUGA